UCCCCUCACUUCCUAAGCCAUGCCCAUUGCUUGAUCCAUUUCCAUCCCAGCAAAAGCCUGAAACAGUUUUAAUCGUCGGUAAAAUGGAAGGACAAGGUGAAGAUGUUAGGCUGGGAGCAAAUAAGUACAGGGAGAGGCAGCCUAUAGGAACAGCUGCUCAAACCCAAGAUACCAAGGACUACAAGGAACCACCUGCUGCACCACUGGUUGAGCCUGCCGAGUUAACUUCAUGGUCCUUUUACAGGGCUGGCAUUGCCGAAUUCGUUGCCACUUUCUUGUUUCUUUACAUCACCGUUUUAACUGUAAUGGGUGUCGCUAAAUCUUCAACCAAGUGUUCAACUGUUGGGAUUCAGGGCAUUGCUUGGGCUUUUGGUGGCAUGAUCUUUGCUCUUGUCUACUGCACUGCUGGCAUUUCAGGGGGUCAUAUUAACCCAGCGGUGACUUUCGGGCUGUUCUUAGCGAGGAAGUUGUCGCUGAUAAGAGCAGUCUUUUACAUGAUAAUGCAAUGCCUUGGAGCUAUAUGUGGCGCUGCCGUCGUAAAGAGCUUCCAAAAGACCCAAUACGAAAGGCUAGGCGGCGGUGCAAACACGGUUAGCUCGGGAUAUAGCAAGAGUAGUGGCCUUGGUGCUGAGAUUGUUGGUACCUUUGUUCUGGUCUAUACGGUCUUCUCCGCCACUGAUGCUAAGCGUAAUGCACGAGACUCUCACGUCCCUAUCUUGGCACCGCUGCCUAUUGGGUUUGCUGUGUUCCUGGUCCACUUGGCAACAAUUCCCGUUACUGGAACAGGCAUUAAUCCAGCUAGGAGCCUCGGCGCAGCUCUUAUAUACAACAAGGACCAAGCAUGGGAUGACCAUUGGAUAUUCUGGUUAGGACCUUUCAUUGGAGCAGCCUUAGCAGCUUUGUACCACCAAAUAGUGAUAAGGGCCAUCCCUUUCAAGUCCAAGUAAGGGAGUGAGGAAGGAAACAGGUGCUUGAUAAGUGUCAGUCUACGAUGAUGUGUUCUCCAUUAUCAUUUUCUCUUCCAAGGAGUGAGUUUGAUGUUUAUUUUUCAUCUAUGUAAUUAAUGGUCGGUUAAGGAACAAAGCAUGGGCACCUAUAUUGUACUAGUGGUGGUUCAAUGUCAAUGGUUUUCUCUAAUAUGAAUGUAAUUGAUGCACGACAAAAGUUAUGAUUAAGGCAGGCAAAUUGACCAUUUUCUACUCUUAAAUAAAUUGCCGGCUUGUUUCA